CCCGCCGGCGCCACCCGCCCCGCCCCGCCCCAUCCCUGCUUAUUUGGCCGGAGGUCCCGGGGCUCUGGAGGCGGCCCGCCAGGCUGGGCCGCGCGAUGUCGCAGGGAUCCGGACUCGUCCGUACCACGUGCAGCAGCGGCGGCGUGCCCGGGCCGGGCCAGCCCUCCGAGGGGCUGCUGGACCCGGUGUACCCGCGCACCCAGGGGGCCCUGCUCAAAGUGGCGCAGAUGGUCACCCUGCUGAUUGCCUUCAUCUGUGUGAGGACUUCCCUUCGGAUCGACUACAGCGCCUACACUUUCUUUGAAGUAGUCACCAUGUGCGACCUGAUUAUGAUCCUGGCCUUUUACCUGGUCCACCUCUUCCGCUUGUACCGUGUGCUCACCUGCAUCAGCUGGCCCCUUUCGGAACUUCUGCACUAUGUGAUCGGCACCCUGUUCCUCCUCAUCGCCUCCAUUGUGGCAGCCUCCAAGAGUUACAACCAGAGUGGACUGGUAGCUGGAGCGAUCUUUGGGUUCCUGGCCAGCUUCCUCUGUCUGGCCAGUUUGUGGCUGUCCUACAAGAUCUCCUGCAUAACCCAGUCAACAGAUGCAUCUGCUUGACAAGGCCACAGUCUCCAGGCCCCAUGAAAGGAUCUGCAGGUCCUCCCCCUAAGAGGACCCCAGGUAUGGCUGUGGACUGUUCAGGUGACACUAAGUUCCUGAGCACCAAGCAGCCAGAGCCACCUUCCUCAGUCUGCCUCAGAGAGCAUCCUCCCGUUCUGGGCAAGGAAAAUGACCUUGAGGGAAGUCUGUCCCUUCCACCCUGCUCUUAGCAACACUCA